AUGAAGUCCGCUUUCACCCUUCUUGCGGCGGUUGCGGCCGUCUCCGCCCACUCAACUUGGCAGGACAUGUGGGUUGGUAGCACUGAUAUGGGCACCACCUGUGCCAGGACUGUCAAGGACAACUCUCCCAUCUCCAGCCUAACUUCGCCUGAUAUGUUCUGCGGCCGUGGUCCUGCCCAGUCUAAUGGCAUCUGCGAGGUUGAGGCUGGUGGAACCCUCACCGUCGAGAUGCACGCGCAGCCCGGCCAGCGGUCGUGCAGCCAGCCAGCUAUCGGUGGAAACCACUACGGCCCAGUUCUCAUCUACAUGGCCAAGGUUGCCGACGCGAAGACUGCGACCUCUGGCUCCUUCUUCAAGGUUGCCGAAGACGGUUACGCGGGCACUACCGCUUCCUGGGGAACAGAGAUUCUCAACGCCAACUGCGGCAAGAGGGCUUUCGUUGUUCCCAAAUCGCUUGCCUCUGGCAACUACCUGGUCCGCGCUGAGGCCAUCGCUCUUCACGCUGGUGCUGGUAACCCCCAGCCCUAUGUCACCUGCUUCCAGGUGAACGUCAAGAACGGUGGAAGCGCAAACCCGCCUGGCGUCAGCUUCCCCGGCGCCUACAAGAUCACCGACCCUCUUUUCACGAAGGCUAUUUAUGACUCGAGCUUCAAGUACGUCAGCCCCGGCCCCGCCGUCUGGUCUGGUUGA